CAACAGCAUUCGGGUUUGCAACUUGGUGAACAUGUCGGCUUGUCCAGUGGAUCACGCAAGUGCCGCGAAGAGCGGUGGAUGCCCUGUCGAUCACUUGAAUCCGGAUGCCGCCAAGUCGGGACUCAACUCUCUCAACUUCAUGGAACCUGCAGACCACACCGUCGAUGCCAAGCAGAAGGUGCCGCUGAGUACCCAUCGCGUGGCGUCGUCGAUCCCGAUGGGGUCGUUCGUCCCGCAACACCAGACGGAAGGGCAACAAACAUGGCAGUAUCCGUCCGAGCAGCAAUAUUUCAACGCUAUGAAGCGCAAGGGAUGGGACCCCGAAGAGCGCGACAUGAAGGUGAUUGUGAGCAUCCACAAUACGAUUAACGAGAAGGGAUGGGCCGAUGUCGUCGAGUUCGAGCGCACGCUGCAUCCCGAAGCAUACAACAGCGAGACGUGUCCCGAACCCAAGCUUGUUCGAUUCAUGGGUCGCCCAAAGGACUUCUCACCCAAAGCGCGCUUCAUGAACACGAUUGGUGUGGCGAACCUCCCGUUUGACCGACACGACUGGAUCGUUGACCGCAAUGGCACCGAAGUGCGCUACGUGAUAGACUUUUACACCGGUCAUCCUGUGCCAGGGAAGCCACUUUCCGUGUAUAUGGACGUCCGCCCGGCACUGGAUAACUUCGAAAACGCCGUUGACCGCCUCCGCAUGCAAUUUCACAAGACCAUUCUCCCGCUCUUACCCUUCCGCGGCAUGCUCUGGAGCAGCGAUAAGAAACCAUAGAGUCUGUACCCAUGCUUUCGCUUACCCCGACUGCUUUCUCUUGUCCCACAUGCUUUGCCAUCGCUAAAUAUGAACGUCGACCCCGCCCGUGUCCAUUGUCAUGUCCACUGAUAUGUGCUUGCUGAUCGAACGCAUCAAAUAUCUGAAC